GAACACCUGUGCACAUCACAUCCACCCUUGCCACCUCCUCAUCCCCUCCACGGCCAGUUCCACGCCAGCCAAGCAGCGUCACCCACGCCCCAGGGCCUCGUCACCGCGGGAGUCUCCUCGGAAGUCCUGCCCCAUGUGUUGAUGGAAAAUAAUGGCUGAGCCGCCCGGCGAGUUUUAGAUGGGCGGGGAAGGCGGCGUGAUGAGCGCGGCCAUGGUGGGCGGCGUGGUGGUGGGCGCCUCGUUAGCCGCCGCCACCAUCCUCUGCACCUCCCUCUGCCUGGCCCUCUGGUGCAGGCGGUGGCGCGGAAACGGUAACGACCCGAGUCCGGCCACCUUCCUCGUCAACAAACGGAAGCCAGGACAGGAGUUUAUCGCGGACCACCCCAUGGCCCUCGUCAUGCCCACGAUCACCCAGAGCGAGGCGGACAGCGAGCCGCGCACCCCCACGCCCACCACCACCCUCACGCCCACCAGCGAGUGGCCCAAGCGUGGCAUGUCAUCCUACACGCCGGCGUCCAGACCCAACACCUUGGACACCACGAAUUACCCAAGGAUGACGACCCUCGCAUCGCCCCCCAGCUACUCUCCGCUGCCCACCUACGCGACGCACCGCUCGCGCACCUCCCAGCGCCCCCGCUCUGCCUCACCCCGCAGUUUCCUGCCCACCUCGCCCCGGACUCCGCCUCUAUCCCUGCCGCUGAGUGCACGCAGAUGGCCGUCAGGAACUCGCCCCAGCUCCCCUCUCACCCCCGGCACGCCCCCCGGCCUGCUCCCUAGGACCUAUUUCAGAAAGGGCGUGGUGGGGUUGGAGGACCUGCGCGCGGCCCUCCACCACUCCUUCGUCACGAGCGAGCUGGGCGGCGGCGAUGCGCUGGAGGUGAGCACGCCGGACUCUAUCGAGGGGUGGGCGCCCGUGUGGACCCCGGCCUCCAGCGUGGGCUCAGGCGGCGGCUGUGGGCUGGGCGAGGUCCGGCUCCGUUUACGCUACACCGUCAGGACGCGCCUCCUGCACCUCCUCCUCUACUCGGCCGACCAGCUGCCCCACCGCCUCGGCCCUGACCCCGUGGCCACCUACGCUAAGGCGGUGCUGCUGCCGGAGAAGCGGGUACGGUUCACCACUCCCUGGGUAGCCGCCACGGACACAGCAGUCUUCAACGCCUCCUUCACCCAUCCGACCCGCCCCUCGCGCCUCGCCCACGCCACCCUCAGGCUCUCCGUGUGUCAGGUGCUGGAGGUGACGGGCUGCGGGCGCCGCGUGGUGGUGGGAUACUGUGCCGUCAACCUCUCCUCUAUUGGGAUGCGUUCCGGCCUCACCACCGACAUCGACACCGGCCUCCUCGCCCUCCACCUGCAGGAGACAGCCCCGGACCAACAGGUGGGCGUGGGAGGCCAGCUGAUGAUGGGCCUCAAGUGGGACACGGAGGCAGGCGCCCUCACCAUCAGGAUCUCCUGCAUCACCGGCCUUCAGCUGCUGCACCUCCAGCCGCCCCUGCAGGACAGCGCUCAGGCGUACGUCAAGGUGACUGUGUACGUGAACAACACCAUCCUGUGCUGGCGGCGGAGCGGACCUCAGCCCGUGGCGCCGAGGGUGGAGGUGGAGGAGAACCUCACCCUCCACAUGCCUGAGCUGGACCUCGACGCCACCCAUCUCGUCCUCAGCGUCAGACUCCGCACCCGCCCAGGCUGUGGGCGUCGCGUGGUGGGGUCGUGUUUGGUUGGGCGCGGUGGCUGCGUGGGGGAGGACGGCCAUCACCACUGGGAGGACAUGCUCAGGGCAGCCCCGGACUUCGUCAAUAGAACCCACCCACUCUCGACCCACCAUGACCUCGGCGCGCAUCCCAGCGACUACGACGUUCAUGAGUGGAAGCAGGACGCGGGCGGGAAGGCGUCUCCCCACUUCCAGAGCGUCCCGGAGAGCACUGCUUCAGACUACCCAACGACUUUCACCUCCUCUGCAAUAUCGAGUCGUCCCUUGAUCCUUCCCAGCCCGAGGAAAGCUUUGCCCAGCCCCCCAGACCAAAGCAGUCCGCCCACGAGCCACACCACGCCCCUCAACAGCUCGUCAGCCGUCACUCUCACCACGAACACGACAACUCUCAGUAGUUCCUCGGUGCUCACUGACCCCACAAAAGCCCACAUCAGCCCCCUAGUAGACUCCAGUUCCUCCACGUCCCUUAGCAGUCCCUCAGCCCUUAUCAGCCCCAGCAGCGCCCACAGUAGCAGUCCCACAGAGUUUGUAUCGCCAGACCUAACCUUCAGUGGCUCCCCUCCUGUUCCCAGCAGCUCGUCGGCUUUCACUAGACCGUCCUCGACCCUCAGCAGUAGGUCGGGAGGCAGAAGAAGCUGCACCCCGCCCCUUCCUGGCCCUACACCCCCUCACACCCCUACACCCCCUGCUGCCCAGACACCCACGCAGGGCCCUACACCCCCUCCUGUUUCCAUUUCUAUAUCUCCUGCUCCUACCUAUCAACAGGACACUCCGAUGCCCCCAGAUACCACCCCAGCACCUCUCCCCCACUCCCAUCUCCAGCCGCCCCCUCUACCCCCAGCACCCCCGCCGUCCCCCAGCCAAACCCGACCAAUAUCUCAGCACAACACGCUGUAAAAGGUUGUUGUCGGGUUACGGACGUCAACAGAAGAAUGUAAACAACGAGGUGCGUCUGGACACUAGCUUUAACGGGAUGUGUUACGGGAUGAAGUAUAUGUGUGUAUUCUAAAUAUAAAAAUAAAGCUUAAUGUGUAUAGGAAAAAAAAAAAAAACUA